ACCUACCUACCUCCCCUCUAACCUCCACUCCACCUGAAUCCCCUCGGCGGUAAGUAGAAGCGGAAGCUCCCCUCCAACGCCAUUCGGACGAAGAACGGCCCUCCCGCGGCGGUACCUCGCACCAUGGCGCGCUACCCAGUGCCAUCUCACGUUAUCGAGUCAAUCGAUGCAGCAGACCUGCGGGGGUUCGGGGCGGCUCACUUGGCGCGCCGGGCUGCGAACCGGCGCACGAUUGCUCGUCUGUCGGAGAAACUCAACGCCGUCUUCGACUCGGGUGUUCCGUUUUUCACCAAGGACGCCAUACGGGACAUAGUGCGGCAGCUCGACGAGCUAGCAGUCAACCCGAACCCGCGAGUCCACACUGUCCGGAAAUUCAUCGUGAGAGGUCUCGACGACUGCGUUGUCGAACUCCGUGUUCCACUCGGAAGGGUCCACCCGUACAGAGACCUCCCGGACGUAGACAUCGUUGACGCCAAGCUUCUGGUUCGCUUCAGGCCGAUCGAUCACCUGACCUCGACGACUCGACGUUUUGCCGACGAAUUCAACAUCGAACAUGCGUUCCUCCCCAUGGUCGUCGAGCCCCGGCCCGUCCAGCUACACAGUGUCACAAAUGAUUACGUCCCACAAUAUCCGGUUCUUCCCCUCGAGGCAGUCCAGGCGACCUUGCAACGCAAGAGGACGGAAUGGGAGUCUAGCAGCGCUUGCCAGCAGCUCUUGUCCACGCUACGAUCGGCAGCUAUCCCGGACGUCAGGAGGAUAGUGGCUUUUGCCUGUUUUAACAUGUCCGACUGUGAAAUGGCAGAGCGAAGCGCCUGCCAGCAUGCUCUUCUCCUCAUCUUACGAAAGUUUUUUGCUGAGCGACAGCGUAUUGCCGAGGAGGAUAUUGUGUGCUUUGCGCAGGACCCCUUAUACGAAGAUGUCGACAAGAAGGUUCUAGCCGGCGCCGGAAUAUCCGUAGUUGAAAAUCCUCGCGCAUUCCUCGAGGUGGACGAUGCGAGCCUCGUACUAUCUAUCUCGCCGGAAACGCCUGUACGGCAAAUCGUAGCAGACAUUGCUCAACCAGCCGUCAUGAUCUGGAACAGGGUGGAGGAGGUGGAGCAGCACGCGGAAUGGAUUGGCCAGACCGAAUGGUACGGGCCCCCGUUCCAAAUUUUCUAUUAAUGUAAGGGUGUGCUGACGGCUUUCUGCCCUUCAAGCGAGGACAACAUCUCCCCGCGC